AUGUACAAUUUCAACAUUUCCGCGCCUGGUAAAGUGUUAUUAUAUGGGAAUUCCCAAGAAAGACCUAAGCAAGCUUGGGUGAUAGCCAGCCUGAAUAUACGUACUAAACUCUCAUUCGCUUUGCUACCUCCAAGAGUCGUCCCGAACGAAUAUAUCCAACUAGAUUUUUCCAGUAUUAAUUUACAGAUGAAAAUACCACUACGUACAUUCCUCAUAUAUUUCUUUUAUAAAAAUUUCAAUCGUCAAUGUCCUGCACGUCAGAUUUAUAAGCAAGUUAAGAAGUACGUCCAAAUGUUAAGCGGAUGCAGAGGCAAUUAUGAUCCAAGCGAUCUUCGACAUCGGUUAAGCUUAGAAAUGUUUUUCUUCCUGCUCGUUCUUAUUGCCUAUGAUCAAGGUAUUAAUAUAACAUCCACUUUUAUCGUAAAAGUAUCAACGAAACUGCCAAUGGGCUACGGUCUGGGCAGUUCUUCAUCGUACGCCGUAUGUCUCGCGGCGUGCUUUUGGCGUUGGUCAUUGCUGCAAAAAGGGAUUGCUCGUUUCGAAUUCCUUAAUAAAGAGCUUGCAAAAAUCGCGGUUUAUGCUGGUUGUUGUGAUGAGAAGAUAUAUAAUACCUUGCGCCCGGUAGACACUUCCGUAAUUGUAAGGGGUGGUAUAACAGUAUUUGCAAACAAUGCAACGUUGAAGACGUAUCGGCGUUUUACGAGCAUAAAGAUCUUGCUGGUCUAUUCAAAAAUUAAUAAGAACAUCAAUAAAGAUUGGAUAAUAAAUUUCAACAAAAUCCAAAAUCUAAAUCUGAAAUCUGAAUCUAUUAUGAAUAGCAUCGACAAUUUAUCUCGGACGUCUAUUGAUGUAUUUGAAAAGAUGAAGAAUGAUACGGACAAUGUUAGUGUCGAAUUAGAUACCUUUCCAGAGAGUUACUAUGAUGAAUUAGCGGAACUAGUCCGUAUGAAUCAAGGAUUAUUAAAGGUAUUAAAUGUACCGCAUGGAAAUGUAGAUCUUGUUUGUGCAAUUGCGCAGGAACAUUUUUACAUGGGAGUAUGA